AUGUACCAACAACAAAAACCACAGCAACCACAACAACCACAAACACAACACGGAUUAGUAGCAGGUGUAACACAAUCAAAUGCAACAGAUUCUAUAGUUGCAACUAAUGUAUAUGAAUGCAGUUUGCAUGGUAUUCUAUCAACACCAUCAUCAACAUUUAUUCAAAGAGCAAAAGGAAUGAUGAGAUCCGAGCAUCCAGUAUCCUAUAAAGAAAUGAUCUAUAAAUCAACUGUACAGACACAGGGUCCAAGUUGGGCUGAAAAUUCAAUUUUGCCUUCAGAAAUACAUAUUAGAUACGAAAAAAAUAAUUUAUAUGUUAGAUAUAUUGGUGUACCUCAAAUCAAAGAUAAUAUAAAUGCAAUGAUUAGGAAUGUUGUGGAUGUCAGAUCUUCCGAAACUUUUUUUAUAUAUCUAGAUAAUUUAGGUUAUGUCAAGGAUUACGAAUAUUUUGUUGAUGGUUAUCAAUAUAGCACAUAUAAUUUAUCAUUGUUUUUAGUUAAUCAUAGAAGAGUUUUACCUGACGGAACAAAAGGAGAUAUUUUAAAUAAACACAGUAUGGUCGAGUUACAAUGUUUAUCAGGAGAAGAGGGUUUUGUAGCUGCUGCAGAAUAUUUAAACACAUAUGCAGAAUAUUUAUACCCAUUUGUAGAGUUAAUUAAAUUUGAUCAUAGAAAUUUAACUUUAGAUAAUGCCCAAAUUAAUAAUAAUUAUAAUAGAUAG